AUGGCACCUGCACUCAACGCAAACCCUACCACGAAACGCGACGAGCUGAGCGCUCCGUCGGCAUCGCACAAGCUCGGCAUGUCGAGCAUGGCGAGCAGGGCGGCAGGCGGCGGUCUCAAGCUCACUGGUCUGCCCGAUCUCUCGGACUCGGCAGGAACGCUGAGCGACAUUUUCGGUACGCCGCAGAUGCGCGAGAUCUGGUCGGACCAGAACCGUGUGGCGUGCUAUCUCGAGAUCGAAGCGGCGCUCGCGAUUGUGCAGGCGGAUCUCGGGAUCAUCCCCAAGAAUGCGGCACACGAGAUCGUCGAACACUGCCGCGUUCAAGAGAUCGACUGGGCUCUGUACAAGCAAAAGACCGAGCUGAUCGGCUACCCCGUGCUGGGCAUCGUGCAGCAGCUCGUCGCCAACUGCAAAGAUGGUCUCGGCGAGUACUGUCACUGGGGCGCCACAACGCAGGAUAUCACUGACACCGCCACCGUCAUGCAGAUCCGCCAGUCGCUCACGCUCGUCAAGCAGAGACUCGACAGCAUCGUCUCGAGCCUCGAGCAUCUCGCCGAGCAGCAUCGCAACGUGCCCAUGGCGGCUCGUUCCAACCUCAAGCAGGCGGUACCGAUCACGUUUGGCUUCAAGAUGGCGCGCUUCCUCGCCACGUUCCGCCGACACCAGCAGCGUCUCGUCGAGCUCGAAAAGCGCGUCUACACGCUCGAGUUUGGCGGUGCAGCGGGCAACUUGUCGUCGCUGGGUGACCAGGGCAUUGCGACGCACGAUGCGCUUGCCAAGAUGCUCGACCUGGCGCCCGCCGAGAUUGCGUGGCACACGGAACACGACCGCUUCGCCGAGGUAGGUACCUUCCUCGGCCUGCUCACUGGAACGCUUGCCAAACUCGCCACCGACAUCAAGCUCAUGUCGCAGACCGAGGUGGGCGAGGUGGGCGAGCCGUUUAUCUCGAACCGCGGCUCGUCGUCGACGAUGCCACAGAAGAACAAUCCGAUCUCGUGUGUCUACAUUCACGCGUGUGCGGCGAAUGUGCGUCAGGGCGCUGCAGCGCUACUCGAUGCCAUGCAGUCUGAUCACGAACGUGGCACGGGUCCCUGGGAGAUCAUCUGGGUCCAGCUGCCACUCAUGAUGAACUGGACCUCGGCCGCUCUCAACAACGCCGACUUUGUCCUGCGCGGCCUCCAGGUGUUCCCAGACGCAAUGCAACACAACCUGGACCUCUCGAAAGGGCUCAUCGUCUCGGAAGCCGUCAUGAUGGGUCUCGGUAACACGCUCGGCCGUCAGUACGCACACGACGCCGUCUACGAAUGCUGUCGAACCGCGUUCGUCCAAGACAGACCGCUCCUCGACGUCCUCCUCGAAAAUCACGAGAUCGCCUCCAAACUAGACCGCACCGAGCUUGAAAAACUCUGUGAUCCCGCCAACUACCUCGGCCAGUGUUCGCAGUGGAUCGAUCGCGUGCUGUCUCGCCCAUCGUCGGCCUGA